AUGCCGACUACUUCACCCUUUCCUGAUGUGGAUAUCCCGAACGUCGACCUCUGGGGCCUAAUGUUUGACCGCAAAGAUAGGGAUUUUUCAGAAGACAAAGUUAUAUACCGGGCUAUCAAUGCAGAUCGAAAAUAUACUUUUGCAGACACCAAAGCUCUAGCGACACUAUUUGGAGAAGGGCUGCGAAAUUUGUGGGAUUGGCAAAAGGAUGAAGUCCUGGCGUUAUAUGCACCAAAUGAUAUCGAUAUCGCGCCAGUCAUUUAUGGCGCAUUCUUUGCUGGUGGCAUAGUCACACCCGCGAACCCAGGAUACUCGGCAGAUGAGCUGGCUUAUCAACUUGAGAACUCGGGCGCUCAUGCGUUGGUGACAACAAAGCAAUUCCUCGAGACUGCACUCAAAGCUGCUCAGAAAGUCGGCAUACCUAAUGAUAGAGUUAUCUUACUGGGUAUUGAGAAGGAUGAAACUCAUUCCGUAAAGCAUUGGUCCAACAUCCGCAAAACGUCAGGCGCGUUACGCUACCGAAGACGAAGAGCGAAACCUGAAGACCUGGCUUUCUUAGCCUAUUCGUCUGGCACAACUGGUCUUCCCAAAGGUGUUAUGCUAACGCACCGCAAUAUUGUAGCUGAUCUGCUACUUGUCCAGAACGCGGUCGGGAAUUGGUAUUCAUCUGCGAACGACAAAUUCCUGGGCGUGCUUCCGUUCUUCCACAUCUAUGGUCUCACUGGACUAGUCCAGCAGACGUUGCAUCGAGGCAUCGAGAUGUUGGUGAUGCCUGCAUUCGACAUGGAAACGUUCCUGAAGACAAUACAGGAGCAUCGGAUCACGUUCAUUUAUGUUGCGCCUCCGGUGAUCGUGCGUCUAGCAAGAGACAAGAUGGUUGACAAGUACGAUUUGUCGUCAGUAAAGAUGAUCACGAGUGGCGCCGCGCCUCUGACGAAGGAGCUGGUAGAUGCCGUGCACAAGCGGCUGAACAUCAAGAUCAAUCAAGCUCGGUAUGAAGCUUUCUUCACGUUUCUCUGUAUAUUACUGACCCAUCUAGGCAAGAUGUUUCCCAACAUGACCGCGAAAUACAUAUCUGCUGAAGGUAAAGAGCUCGGACCCGGUGAAGUUGGCGAGCUGUGGCUGAGCGGUCCAAACAUCUUCAAAGGGUACUGGAAAAACGAAACAGCUACUAAAGACUCGCUUACUAGCGACGGUUUCUUCAAGACGGGAGAUAUUGGCUUCCAGGACAAGGAGCACAAUUUCUACAUCACGGACCGAGUGAAGGAGUUGAUCAAGUAUAAGGGCUUCCAAGUACCACCAGCCGAGCUCGAGGGCAAGCUCAUGGAGAACGAGCUUGUAGACGAUGUCGCGGUCAUUGGUGUCAAUGAUGAGCACCAACAUACGGAAGUGCCUCGAGCGUACAUUGUAGCAGCACAAGAUAAGCGGGCUAAUGUCGGAGAAGCUGAAGCCUUGGCUAUCGUGGACUGGAUGAACAAGAAGGUGGCGAGUCACAAGAGGUUAAGAGGAGGCAUUGUGUUCAUUGAUGAGAUUCCAAAGAGUGCAAGUGGUAAGAUUCUACGACGCUUGCUCAAGGAGCGAGUGAAACAGGAUACUCCGCUAGGUAUCACGGUGAAAGCGAGGUUGUGA